AUGACGAAGGACGGCAAUUUCAUUACAAUUGUUAUUGAGAGUGUAGAAGAGACAAUAGAAUGGCAGCAGAAGACGAAGCUUGUCAAGAAAUAUACAACGAAAAGAGACAGGGCAGCUAGAAAGAUUCAGGCCUGGUGGCGUGGCACACUGGUGCGCCGAACGCUGCUGCACGCGGCCCUCAGUGCCUGGAUCAUUCAGUGCUGGUGGCGGCUGAUGCUGGCAAGGCAGCUGGAGAGGAAGCGGCGCGCAGCCCUGAUUGCUUAUGCAAAGAAAGAGUGGGCAGUGGUUAAGCUUCAGUCUUUGGUCCGUAUGUGGCGCAUCCACUGGCGAUACUGCCAGGUGCUCAACGCUAUCUAUGUCAUCCAAUGCCACUGGAAAUGCCACACCUGCCAGACCUGCUCUCUGCUCCGGGGCCACUGUGUGGUCACAACUACUCACCUGCAGUUCCACAUUGAGGUCAUUAAUCCCUAAAGACUGGUGAGAAGGGGCAUUGUGUUGCC